UCCCGCUCCCGCCCCCGGCUUCGCCUCCCGCCGCCGCCGCCGCCGCUUUCCGCGGCCUGGGCCUCCCGCCGCCACCAUGCCCUACGCCUUCAAGCCCGGGGACUUGGUGUUCGCCAAGAUGAAGGGCUACCCGCACUGGCCGGCCCGGAUCGAUGACAUCGCCGACGGCGCUGUGAAGCCCCCUCCCAACAAGUACCCCAUCUUCUUCUUCGGCACGCACGAGACAGCCUUCCUGGGGCCCAAGGACCUGUUCCCCUACGACAAAUGUAAAGACAAGUACGGCAAGCCCAACAAGAGGAAAGGCUUCAACGAGGGGCUGUGGGAGAUCCAGAACAACCCCCACGCCAGCUACAGCGCCCCUCCGCCCGUGAGUUCCUCUGACAGCGAGGCCCCCGAGGCCGACCCAGCCGGCAGGAGCGACACCGACGAGGACGAGGACCGGGGGGUCAUGGCUGUCACAGCCGUGACCGCCACAGCCGGCAGCGACCGGAUGGAGAGCGACUCGGACUCCGACAAGAGCAGUGACAACAGCGGCCUGAAGCGGAAGACGUCGGCGCUGAAGAUGUCCCUCUCCAAACGAGCUCGCAAGGCCUCCAGCGACCGGGAGCGAGCCAGCGCGUCCCCGUCCGACGACGAGAACUCGGAGAGCUCCUCGGAGUCCGAGAAGACCAGCGACCAGGACUUCACCCCCGAGAAGAAAGCGGUGGUCCGGGGGCCGCGGCGGGGGCCCCCGGGGGGCCGCAAGAAGCAGAAGGCGCCCUCUGCCUCGGACUCGGACUGCAGGGCGGAGUCGGACGGGGCCAAGGAGGAGCCCGCGGCCGCGGCGGGGUCGGCGUCGCCCUCGUCGUCCCCGUCGUCCUCCUCGGACUCGGACGUCUCCGUCAAGAAACCGCGGGGGAGGAAGCCAGCCGAGAAGCCGCCCCCGAAGCCCCGAGGGCGGAAGCCGAAGGCCGAGCAGCCCCCGCCCAGCUCCAGCAGCGACAGCGACAGCGACGAGGUGGACCGCAUCAGCGAGUGGAAGCGGCGGGACGCGGCGCGGCGGCGGGAGCUGGAGGCGCGGCGGCGGCGCGAGCAGGAGGAGGAGCUGCGGCGGCUGCGCGAGCAGGAGAAGCAGGAGAAGGAGCAGAGGGAGCGGCGGCGGGAGCGGGCCGGGCGCGGGGCCAGCGGCGGCAGCAGCGGCGAGGAGGCGCGGGACGACGAGCAGCCCGUGAGGAAGCGCGGCCGCCGGGGCCGGGGCCGCGGGCCGCCGUCCUCCUCCGACUCGGAGCCCGAGGCCGCGCCCGAGAGGGAGGCCAAGAAGCCGCCUAAGAAGCCGCCCCCUCAAAGCACCGAGUCGUCGCGGAAGCCGGGCCCGAAGGAGAAGAGAGGGCGGCCCGAGGAGCGGCCCCGAGCCAAGCCCGUGAAGGCGGAGCGGACCCGAAAGCGGUCCGAGGGGCUCCCGCCGGACAGGAAGGUGGAGAAGAAGAGAGAACCCUCCGUGGAGGAGAAGCUACAGAAGCUGCACAGCGAGAUCAAGUUUGCCCUGAAGGUGGACAACCCGGACGUGAAGCGGUGUCUCGGGGCGCUGGAGCAGCUGGGGACCCUGCAGGUGACGUCACAGAUCCUGCAGAAGAACACAGAUGUGGUGGCCACGCUGAAGAAGAUUCGCCGCUACAAAGCCAACAAGGACGUGAUGGAGAAGGCGGCGGAAGUCUACACGCGGCUCAAGUCGCGGGUGCUGGGGCCGAAGAUCGAGGCCAUCCAGAAAGCCAACAAGACAGGGCCGGACAAAGAGAGGGCCGAGGAGAAGCUGGGGGCAGAGGAGCCCCCCAAGGAGAAGGCGGAGGACGAGCCGAGCACCGAGCUGUCAGCCCCCGUGAACGGCGAGGCCCUGUCCCAGAAGGAGGAGAGCGUGGAGGACAAGGAGGCCGAGGGUGGGCAGCACUCGGAGGGGGGCCCGCGGUGCGGCUCCCCCGAAGACCUGCACAACGACAGCCCGCGGGAGGGCCCCGACCUGGACGGGCCCGGGAGCGAGCGGCCGGAGCGCGAGCGGGUGCGGCUGGACUCGGAGUCCCUGGACGAGGAGAGCUGAGCGCGGCCCUGGCCCCGGCCCGAGCGCAGCCCCUGGCGCUCCUGGGACUGCCCACGUCCUGCCCCAGCCUCCCGGGAGAGCCGAGAACUUUUGGGGAACGCUGUGCUGUUCGUUUGUAUUUGUCCCCCUGGGUUUUUUCUGCCUAAUUUCUGUGAUUUCCGAUCGCCAUGAAAUGACUAUAAAGGGUUUUUUAAUGAAAAACAAAUCACUUUUAUUGGUUU